GCCUCGCCCGCCCGUCCGGGCUGACACACCGGCGCCCUUGAGAGAGAGCGUGCGGGGCAUGCAUGCGUUGUCCCGCCCGAGAGCAAGCCAAGCCAAGCGGCGGUUCGCGGCUCAUGCCGCCCGCACAUCCCCACUCCCCCACUACUCAAAAACCCACCGCAAACGGCCGCCCCCGCGCGAGCCCGAAGCCGUCCGUCCACCUAACCCCCCAUCGAUCACACGAACGAGCGAACCAACUCCAGGAGCAAAGCACCGCGCCGCGCCGCAAACGCACCUCCAACCACAACCCACGCGUCUUUAUAUACACAGCCCCGCCGACGAGACAAAGGGAGAGGGAGACGCAUAUAGAUCGACCAGCGAGGAAAUGGCGGCGCCGAGCGGCGGCGGCGGCGCCGGGGUGGAGGGCGGUGCCGGUUCGGGGCCGGAGUCGGGGGGAGGCAGCAGGAUGAAGGGCUCGUGGACGCCGGAGGAGGACGAACUGCUGCGUUGGGCCGUGUCGCGGCAUGGGGCGCGCAACUGGAGCGUGAUCAGCGGCGAGAUCCCGGGCCGGUCGGGCAAGUCGUGCCGGCUGCGGUGGUGCAACCAGCUCAGCCCCGGUGUGGAGCGCCGCGCCUUCACGCCCGAGGAGGAUGCCGUCAUCGUGGCGGCGCACGCCAUGCACGGCAACAAGUGGGCCACCAUCGCGCGCCUGCUCCACGGGCGCACCGACAACUCCGUCAAGAACCACUGGAACUCCACACUGCGGCGCCAGCGCAGGGCCGCCGCCGCCGCGGCCAACGCCAACUCCGGCGGGGUCGGCGGGUGCGCGCUGCUGCGGCCCCUCGCGGCCAUCCCGCUCCAGCCUCUGGUGGAUCUCAAGGGGUCGUCGGUCUCCGUCCCGUUCCACCCUCUGGAUCUCAAGGAGGAGGACGGGGAUGAUGACGAGGACGACGAGGAGGAGGACGGCAGCAGCGAGGACUCGGUGCUGGCGCCGCGGACGAAGAAGCUGCGGCCGUGCGUUGGCAUCAUAGCCGGCCACCAUCUUCCUCCUCUGGCGGUGAAGCCUGAGCUUGUAAAGCCUCAGCCUACGGCGGCCGAUCCCCUCACGUUGCUCUCCCUCAGCCUGCCGGGCGGCGGGACCGUCCCGGCGGCCUCAGCACCGCAGGCCGUCGAGGUGGUGGCGAGCGAGGAGGGGAAGGCGAAGGUGAGGGAGAAGCUGGAGAAGGACCCGUGGUUCCUGCCGGUGAUGCGAGAGAUGGUCGUGGAGGAGGUGAAGCGGGCGAUGCAGGGGACGGACGUGGCCUACUCGCCACUGGUGGCGAGCAAUGCCAGCGGGGAGGACGGUCGCGCCGCCGCCAACGGCCAGAACUGAUCGAUCGACCAACGGCAUCCGGCUCGUAACUCUAGACGAACGGACGGACGGGCAGCGAUCGAUUAAUCGAUCGACCGAGAGACGAACAAGAGACGACUGCAAGUUCCAUCAUCCAGCUUCUUGCUCUUCGUUUGUUAACCGCAGCAUGCAAAUGUCCGACCUCAAUAGUAUCUAGUUAUGUAACGUAGCUCAUCCAUCAAUCUACUCUAGCAGUAAUCUGCAGGUAACUAGUUACAAGACUGUACCUAUCGGAUUGAUAGAUUUAAAUCUUCUAUU